AUGGCCGGUCCUCGCGAGACCGAGGCCUUUCCAGACUUCCUGGUAUCAGAUCCAUAUCCUUCACAGCCCGACAGCAGACCGAUCUCGAACGUCUCCGACGUGACUUCGGCAUACGAGACCGCGGCCAGCGAGCGGAGUGGAGUACCUCCAUCAUGGACCGGACCAGUCGGAGAACCAGGCAAUCCACCUUCGAGACCAACCACAGCGACACCCUCGGGAAACGAGCCAUUGCGCGCGGCGGUGCCCUCGGGCGGACCGCGCAGAGCGCAAGGACCAUUUGGACCUCGGAGAGAUGAUCAACUGUUGUCAGCAAACUCCCGUCCGGGCUCGGCACUGAGCAGGUCACAUAUUCCCAGUGUGACCGCACAAGGUUUCUUUCGGCCAAUGUCACCGGCGACACUACAGGCGCAGCGCGGUACCACACCCAUAUCGCCAUAUGAACAGCCGUCGAGGGUAGCCAGUCCGGCGCCCACACGCGACUCGGUCGACGAGAUCGGUCAGAGGCAACGCCAGUACAGCAAUGCUUCGGUGAAUACGCUUCGCGACCGACCGCCUACCAGUCGACAAGAGGUCAUCCCUCCGCUGCCGACGAGCAGAGGAGGCGUUUCGGACUCUGGAGCCGGUCGAGAUGGAAUGGGACCAGGCAGUGUGAUGAGCAAAAACAGCACCACCCCUCUUCAUUCAGCUGGCAAUCAGUCUCGGCCACAAGAGGAGCGACGACUAUCGAGUUUUCGAACAGGGUCCAUCACCAACGGUUUACCCAAAACAUCGCUCUCUUUCCGCGCUUCCUUUGGUCUAACAUCCGCUCGUCAAAUGGGUCUCGACCGGAGGGUAUCCUCCCAAGGUCACGAGAAACUCCCAUCUCAACCGGCCUCUCCCAGUGACGACGUUGAUAAUAAAACCUUACCGUCCUUGCCUGCGCCGAAAGUCAGCAGACACCGCAAUCACGAAUACUACGCUGGCAACACUGUCUUUCUCUUCCUGGGGCGUCUCAUGAAUACUCGAGCGGAACCGCUCAAUCUUUUAACCUUUGUUCUCGUCAUCCUUCCGGCGAUCUUAUUCUUCAUAUCCAGUGCUCCAUGGCUAUGGUAUCACGUCAGCCCCGCGCUACCGAUCAUCUUCGGAUACAUCGUUUUCUUGACCCUCUCGUCUUUCUCCCACGCAGCGUUCUCCGACCCCGGUAUGCUCCCCCGAAACCUUCACCCACAUCCCCCGAACCCGGAAGAAGAACGCGAUCCGCUCGCCCCCGGCCCUCCGACCACCGAAUGGAUCAUGGUCCGCACAUUCCCCCGUCCGCCCUCGAAGAAGGUGAGCGCGUCCGACGCCGCCCUCGCCGAGGGCGCCAUGGCGACCGCGAUGGAAGUCCCCACCAAAUACUGCAAAUCCUGCCAGAUCUGGCGCCCUCCCCGGUGCCACCACUGCCGCAUCUGCGACACCUGCGUCGAGGGCCAGGACCACCACUGCGUCUGGCUGAACCAGUGCGUCGGCCGCCGCAACUACCGCUUCUUCUUCUCCUUCGUCAGCGCCUCCUCCGUCAUGGCCAUCCUCACCAUCGCCUUCAGCCUCAUCCACAUCGGCACCUUCGCCGCCGCCACCGGCCAGACCUUCGGCCAAGCCCUCAGCGGCGCCUGGCAGGAGCGCCUCGCCUUCGCCGUCUUCGUCUACGCCGUCCUGGCCCUCCCCUACCCGGGCGCCCUCUGCUGCUACCACCUCUUCCUCAUCACCCGCGGCGAGACCACGCGCGAGUACCUCAACAGCCACAAGUUCCCCGCCAAGGACCGCCACCGGCCCUUCGCCCUGCCCUCGGCCGCCGCCAACCUCGCCCUCGUCCUCUCCCGCCCGCGCGGGCCCAGCUACAUGGAGUUCAAGCGGCCCCACGUCGACGGCGACAUGCGCUUCGGCCACGCGACGCCCGCCCUCGACCGCAAACGCGACGCCCAGCGGGAGCGCUCCGCCCGCGAGUCCCGCGUCAAGGACCUCAUGCAGCGCUUCUCCGUCGCCGGCAUCGCCCCGCCCCGCAACACCGUCGAGAUGGACCCGCUCCCGCCGCUGCCCCCGACCCCGCUCCCGGCCGCCAGGGACUCCCGCGGCCGCUUCAACCCCGCCGAGAGCAUGGGCCUCAGCGGAGUGGGCGUGAACCGGACGCCGAGGCCCUGA